CCUCGACGCGGCGCGGCUCGGCCAUGCCCGCAGGAGGCCAGCGCACGCGCUCCCCCGCGGUAGCCAGGGAUGAGGAGGCCUCCACUUGCGGCGCGCGUGCGCCGCUCGCUCCUCCCCCUCCUUCUCUGCUGCUGCUGCCUCGCCGCGUGGUCGCCGCCGCCGGCCGCGCGCGCCCUUCCGCUAUGCACCGACGGAAGGGCGCCGCUGCCGCUGAACAGGACGCUGGCCUUCUGCUCCGCCUACGGCGGGGGCAGCGGCAACAGUAGCAGCUGCUGCGACGCCGCGGCGGACGCCGCGCUGCGGAAGCGGUUCGACGCCAUGAAGGUCCCCGACGCGGCCUGCGCCGGCGUCGUCAAGUCCGUCCUCUGCGCGAAUGGACGCUUCUUUGUUUCUUAUAAUUGUGAUAGAACUCAAUCGCCUAAAUGUGCUGGUAGGUGUUCAUGUAAUUCUGCUGCUAACUGUGAUCCGUCGAAGCUCGGCACUGACAAUGGUGCUCAGCCAUGCCAGUAUCAAGUUGUUGUUUCAGAGUAUUCUGCAAAAGUAUCAUCAUCUACUGUUUCUAUGGCAACAUCUGCCAAUCCAUCUGAGGUUAGAAGGAUUUUUACAAUGGGACUGCCAUAUACGGCUCACCAUGGAGGGCAAAUACUAUUUGGACCAACAGAUGGAUACCUUUACCUUAUGAUGGGGGAUGGCGGAAGCAAAGGAGACCCUUUUAAUUUCUCUCAAAAUAAGAAAUCACUCUUGGGGAAAAUAAUGAGGCUUGACAUUGAUGGCACACAAAGCCAGAGUCAAACCCUAAACCAGAGCUUAUGGGGUAAUUAUUCUAUUCCAAAGGACAAUCCGUUUGCUGAUGAUAGUGACUUACAACCAGAGAUUUGGGCCUUGGGUUUCUCCAACCCAUGGAGAUGCAGUUUUGAUUCUAAGAGGCCUUCAUACUUCUACUGUGGAGAUGUUGGGCAGGAUGCAUACGAAGAAGUAGAUUUGAUUACCAAGGGAGGAAACUAUGGAUGGCGUGCAUACGAGGGUCCGUACAUUUAUCAUCCACAACAGUCGCCUGGGGGGAAUACGUCACUUGACUCCAUAAACGCCAUUUUCCCUGUCAUGGGCUAUGACCAUUCCUCUGUCAAUAAGGAAAUUGGAUCUGCAUCGAUUACAGGCGGAUAUGUUUAUCGAGGGUCUACUGAUCCUUGCUUAUACGGAAGGUACCUCUACACCGAUCUGUACUCAUCAAUGAUGUGGACCGGCACAGAGACCCCAGAGGGCAGCGGGAACUACACCUCGGCUGUGAUUCCACUGAGCUGCUCCAAGAACUCCCCGAUCGCCUGCGAAUCCAGCACCGGGAGCACCGACCCGUUGCUCGGUUACAUCUUCUCGUUCGGGGAGGACAACAGCAAGGAUAUCUUCGUCCUGGCGAGCAAGGGCGUGUACCGAGUCGUCAGGCCCAGCCUCUGCGGCUACACCUGCGCCGCGGAGAAACCGGACACCAACAACGGAACGACGACGACGCCUGGAUCUUCGUCUUCUGCUCCGGCGACGCGGCUGGGGAAGUCGGUGGCGGUAGCUUUGGCGCUUGCUGUUGUACUCUUGAGAUGCCCACACGGCUUGUUCUUCGGUAUAGUCAGCUUCGCGCUUUCUGUGCAGGCAGCCUUGGUGACUCCACUUGUACUGUAAGUAAUGAUGUGGUACGUAGUAUAUAUUGGUUUUAGUUGAAGUUUUUUGGGAGAGCGCAAUGCAGCACGCAUGAUAUCGGUAACAGUCUGCCGACAUUUUUGUGCUUCUGAUGCCAUCUGUAUUCUGUAGCGUAACUGUAAGUUCAUUUCUCGCAUGGAUCUAACAGUGUUGCUAUUGUGGCAUCUCGUGUGGUGUGGGUCCCUAAUUUUCAUGGUUUAGGGACGAGGAAGACGCGCCCGUGAGCGAAGACGGACGGGAGAAUUUGCAAAUCCUUUUCACGCGAGAAUCCCGUCCGGAGGUUGCGUACCCCUGAGGUGGUUUCUAGAUGCCGUUGAAUUGGAAACCGACGGAGAUCUCCCGAGCAAGUUAAACAGAUAAUGAAAAAGAGAGAGACAAGAUUAAGAAGUAGACUACUAUAUUCCCUAAUUGACGGCAUUACGUUUUCCACCGCACAACCACCGUGUCUCUCUCCUCUCUAAUCCUCUCUCGCCUCUCCAAGUCCGGCGAUGUAACCGACGCCAGCCCGACAACCAAGGACGGAGGUCCUCCCCGUCUUCCCUGACGCCGCGGAGGCAAGAUCCGGUCCGGCGCCCGCGUCAGCGGGGCGCUGACGGGGACUUGACGCCUCAUUCAUGUAGGAAAGUGCCGGGGAGUAGCCGCCGGCAGACUUCCCCGCCUCCGCGUCGCCAGAUCCAGGUGACGGCAUCCGUGAUAGCCGUGGCGCAAUCCGUGAGGGAGGAGCAUUGGCUUCCAUGGAUACCCGCGGCAGCGCGCGACGAUUCCGCUCAUAUCCCGGCGGCGCAUGAAAGUCCUGACGGUGAGCCAUCCCAUGCUGGAAGAUGCCAACAACAUGAAGCCCGAGACGCCGCCGCCGCCUUUCGACCUUUGGCCGUCCAUGUCGCCCUCUGAUGUGUUUCUGUCCUCAGUGAGCACCCCAUGGAUUCUCCAACUGCUCGUAUCUUCUUCCACUUUAGGCUGGUGAUGGAGGCGACGGAUCAUGGAGGCAUCCUUCCCCAACGUUGCUCAUCGAUGGGGAACGACAAUGAUGACGGCAAGCGGAGGAGGAUCUGUGAAGGUUCAUGGGUGCGGAGGAUGCUCCAGGAUGCUAAAGGAUGCAAUCUUUUUGUGAUUUCGUUUUUGUGGAUGUAAUUUGUAAUUGUUUGAUGUGUUCAUGAACAUUCUUGAUGAUGCAAGACAUUUCUUUUGAUUCU